AAGGUAAUGUCAGGAAAGAUGUGCAGCAGCAGCAACAGCGUUAUUCAGGCACAAAAACUGGUGGAUCAGCUGCGGGUGGAGGCGGGCAUGGAGAGAAUCAAGAUCUCCCUGACAGCAGCUGACUUGGUCCGGUACUGUCAGGAGCACAGGCGCAGUGACCCUCUGCUCACCGGCAUCGCUGCCUCAGCCAAUCCUUUCAAAGACAAGAAGACCUGUGUGCUGCUUUGACAGUUUGGAGAUUAUCACCACAUAAUGGACUCCCAUAAGGACAACUCAUGUCUUCAGAUUUUCUACUGAUAAAUGUGUAUAAGAUAAUAGGCCCUGUGUGAAGGA